CACAUCCCCAGGUUAAACUGUUUGAGUUUCGUCUCCUGAUUGUGCUAUCAAAGACAAAGGGGUGUAACUUUACCCCCCUCAUCAAGAGCGGAGGGUUAAAUAGAGAAAGACUGGUCGAAGACAGGUCAUAAUAUUGCUAAUUUUUGAGACGAUGAUGAGGUUAAAUAUUUUGCUGUUCGCGGUUUUGGCCGUGGCGCGGUCCAUGCCCACAGAGUUGCAAUGUGACAUCGAUGAGGCCCAUACGAAUGUUGGAACACCACGAGUAGCCGACGAUGACUCUAACUCACUCAUGAUCUCCAACUUUGAGCUUUCACUCGACGAGGUCGACGAGGGCUUCCUACCCGAGAUCGAAUAUGCAGUCAGUCUCAAAAGCAACAGCGACCUCUUUCAAGAGUUCCUGGUCACUGCACACAACAUCGAUCCCCAUUGCGAUCACGGAACGAUGAUUGAUAAGUACGAUAUCGGAACGCCAGAUGAAGACUGCCCUCAUGUGAUCAGGCAGGCAAUAGUUUCGGACAUGCGCAGAAUAUCGUUCAGCUGGAAGGCGCCUCAGUGUGGUUGCGUUUCUUUUAGAGCUACUGUCAAGACUGUUGAACACGUGUACUCUGAGUCUUCAUCGGAGAAGGGCUCCCUCUUCAAAGAAGUGUGUUUAAUUGGCAUGAACAAGUCAGAUGAAGAAGAGGAGAUGGAAGCGAUGGAAGAGGAAGAGGUUUUGGAAGAAGUGCCGUUCUAUGAUGAGGAGCUCUAUGGGAACAUUGAACGACUAUGCGAGGAAGGAAACUUUAGAGGAACCAUUCUACCUGCAAUCGUCAAGGAAUGCUGCCUACUUCCAGUUCAACAACGCAGAAUGUGUCUGGUGCGAGUCAUCCCAGGUGAAGAAGAUGAUAUCCACAGGUUGGAUACCUUCUGCUCCAAGAUUGCAGGAAACUUCUUCAACGGUCACCCCGUCCUAUCCGACGCAGAGGGCGUGCGACGAUGCUGUGAGCUGACUAGCGAUUCGGAUCGUAUGGUUUGCCUGAGCGAGGAGAAAAGAAUGCACUAUGACGAAAUCUGCAGUUUGAGUGGGGCUAGCGUGAACAGCACCGUGGAAGAUCGUUUGCCCGGUCGCAACUGUUGCAGCCUCCAGGGUGAUCUCAGGUACAACUGCAUGGAAAAGAAGGCACUGAGGGAGAAUCAAAAGAAACGUCUGGAGGAGAGGCGCAACAUGAGGCGCAAGGUGGAAAAGGUGAAGCGUCUUUGCAACGCUGUUGACCAAACACCAGAAGGUGAUAGGGACAGUGAGGAUUACCAAACGUGCUGCAUGGUUGAGGACGUGGACGAUGCAUUGGCGUGUUUCAGGGAAGUCGAGAGGGACAACUUUGAUGGGUUGUGCAAAAAGCAAGCCUUGCGAUACAGCAACGGUAAAAAGGAAAGAGUUCAUCCAUGCUGCAGAUUGGAGAGUGAAGAAAGGUAUGAAUGUUUCUUGGUAAAACGUUCGAACAACCAACAAUCAAGAAUUAACUCAACAAGAGCACCAGUACCGAAUACUCAAGGUUCGACUCGACCGACAUUCAUGCAGAGGUUAUGUGCAAAGCUUCGAAAGGACGAUGCGGAUGACACACUCAUCGCUUGUUGUCAGCAAUCAUCAUUUCUCAAAAAGAAGAGAUGCAUGGACAAGAGACAAAAUUAUGCUUUGGCCAAAAUUUGCAACGCCAGCAACGUAAGCGUUUCAUACGCCAUUGUUGAGGGAGAGAGUUUCAACGCUGCCAAGAAGAACCUUCAUCCCGAGCACGAAUGCUGUAUUCUGAACGAAGAGGAGCGGAUGUCCUGCAUCAGAACAAUGAGGAUGUCAAUGUCCAAGCUUAGACGUCAGGAUUCAUCUGAGAAGCCGGUGCGUGUAGAAGCUGCACGUGAGCAAAAGGAACAGCGAUGGGUGAAGGAGGAGGGCCGUCAGAAUAAAGCCAUUUGCGCUGCUGUGAGAGAAGACGUUGAUAUGAUAGACGAGCAGGUCGUCCGUUGCUGCGAAAACGACGGUGAAAGUCGGCGGGAAUGUCUAGCUGUUCUCCGUAGGAACCACUUUACCGCUAUAUGCAAUACCGAUGACUUGUUCCAAAUAGACAUUUUCAGUACCAUUUUGCGCACAGAAGACCCAAUCAAUGACGAACAUAGGUGUUGCAUGAGACCGAACGCCGAUAUAAGAGCUGCGUGCUUCUCUCGCAUAGAUCGCCAGGUCGCGAUGCUGUCCUACAGUCCCCCAGUUAUUGAAGAGGUGCAAGAUAUUCGAACAGAGCUCCUCGCCGUUGCAGAGUUCAACAGAAUCGACAGAGUCUGCCAAGAAUCGAAAAGUGCGACCUCGCUUGAACUAAAGGGACGAUGGCCGGUGAAAAAGUGUUGUAGGUUCCAGAACAAUCGAAGGUAUACUUGCCUGAUGGACGCCGCAACAAAACUAGCUGACCAAUCGUGCGACGGACCUCCUCCUAGAGUAUACUUUCCAAUGGGAUUCUACGGAGAAUACAUCCCAAGUGACUACACUGGCCCUUUCCUCGAUCCUUCCCACCCAUGCUGUUCAUUGACCAGUGACAUGCGACAAGACUGCAUCCAGGAGGCUAGCAUGGCUGUUCUUGCAUUGCGACUACCCAUGAUUCAGGUCAAGCCACUGGUUGAGUUUUUCAAAGAGUUGCCAUCUGAUACGCGUUUUGAUGCCAAUCACCAGGAAGACAUUUGCCAGGCUGCAGUAGAUUUCCAAAGCUUAUACGCUGAUCUUGAAAACGGCCUCGACGUAGAACUGAACCAGCCUUCAAGAAUCCAGACUGAAUUACAGGAGCUUCAGGACCUUCUAGCAGAAGAACUGACAGAAGAGGAAGAGGAACAAUUGGAACAACUUGCCGAGCAGAAUGAAGAACAGUUAGAAUUGUUAGCUGAGCAAGAAGAGGAACAGGCAGAAUUGCUGGCUGAGCAAGAAGAGGAGCGUCUUGAAAUACUUGAGGAACAGGCUCAACAGCUAGCAGAGCAGAAUCAACAGAACGAAGAAGAGGAGGAAGAGGAGGAGGAAGAGGAGGAAGAGGAGGAAGACAAUCGCCGACGGAAACGAAGAAAAGCUACUAGGUUCCGGAGACCUACUGCUAACAAGGUGCGUGCGGCUGCGGGCCGCAGUAUCUAUGAGGUCGACAGUUUAGUUCAUUGUUGCCAGGAAAAUUUUGUGGCGGAAAGAAAUUCUUGCAUGACAAACUUUUGGGUGCAACUGUUAGAUGAAGCAUGUGCAGCCCUUCCUUACUUACCUGAUUCUUCUUCUGCUACGUCUACUGGCCUGGAAUAUGCUUCAGAACUUGCACAAGCCGAUAAUAAUGUGCUCGCCCCAGCUCCAUUGACGUUUGGAGGACGCGGAGACAUUCGAACCUCUAAAGCAGUAAAGUCAAUCUCAGAAUCUACAGUCGUUUCGAAUUAUGAUGAAGACAACUUCCGAUCAUGCUGUGCUCUCUUUGGGGAAGCCCAACUGAAAUGCUUCCAAAUGCACUAUAGUCCUAAUGCUCCUAGCUCACAAAUGGAAAGUGAGGGAUCUGCGAAUCCGUCAACGAUAGGCAGUGUGUCCGAGGGAUAUGUAUCUGAAAGCCAGGGGCAAGAAAGUGAGAGAUCUGAAAGUGAAGGUUCUGAAGGGGAGGAUUCCGAAGAGACAGAGGGCGCUGAAGAACCACAGGAGCAAAUGGAAAGUGAAGGGGAAGAUCUGGAAGAGUCAGAGGGCGCUGAAGAACUACAGGAGCAAAUGGACAGUGAAGGACAAGAACCCGAGUCAGAGGAAGAUGUCGAUUCUGGAGAAAUAACUAAUGGAUCGGACAUGAACAUGCCAGGACCGGGAUCAUCUGACGGAGGUGUUCCACUAGGACUAACGGAGGUCGAUGAACAAACAUCCGAUGGAGAGGAGCCCGAGGAACCAGAAGAGCCAGAAGGAGAACAAGGACCACACGAACAGAUGGAGAGCGAGGGAGAAGGAAAUGAAUCUGAAGAAGAGGAGGUUGAGGAACCCCAGGAAGUGAUAGAAAGUGAAGGACAACAGUCUGAAUCAGAAGAACCAGAAUUUGAAGGAGAAGAACCGGAAGAAUCAGAAGGAGAACAAGAACCACAGGACCAGAUGGAAAGUGAAGGACAAGAACCCGAGUCAGAGGAAGAUGUCGAUUCUGGAGAAGUAACUGACGGAUCGGACAUGAACAUGCCAGGACAGGGAUCGUCUGACGGAGCAGGAGGUGUUCCACUAGGACUAGUGGAAGUCAAAACAUCCAACCAAGAGGGGUCUGAAGUACAAGAAGAAUCGCAGGACCCACAGGAACAAAUGGAAGGUGAAGGUCAAGGAAGUGAAUCGGAGGGAGAAGAACCAGAAGAACCAGAAGAAGGAGAAGAAGGAGAAGGAGGAGAAGAAGGACCACAAAAACAGGUGGAGAGCGAAGGAGAAGAAAAUGAAUCUGAAGAAGAGGAGGUGGAGGAACCCCAGGGAGUGAUCGAAAGUGAAGGACAACAGUCUGAAUCAGAAGACCCAGAAUUUGAAGGAGAAGAACCGGAAGAAUCAGAAGGAGAACAAGAACCGCAAGAACAGAUGGAAAGCGGAGGAGAAGAAAAUGAAUCUGAAGGAGAGGAGGUGGAGGAACCCCAGGGAGUGAUGGAAAGUGAAGGACAACAGUCUGAUUCAGAAGACCCAGAAUUUGAAGGAGAAGAACCGGAAGACUCAGAUGGAGAACAAGAACCGCAAGAACAGAUGGAAAGCGGAGGAGAAGAAAGCGAUUCUGAAGGAGAAGAUGUGGAAGAAUCGGAAGGGGCACAGGAACUGCAAGAACAGAGUGAAAGUGAAGGACAAGAAUCUGAAUCGGAGGGCGAAGAGCCAGAACCUCAGGAACAGCAAGAGAGUACCGUCCAAGAAAUAGAAGAAGAAGAAGAAGAAGAGGAGGAGGAGGAAACUGGAGGAUGGUAUGUAUGGUGGUCAGGUGGUAAAAAAACCCAAAAGAAAGAGCAAUUAGUUGCGGAAGCAGAGGAAGAGGAUGAAGAUCGGAGAAAGAGAAGGGAUGUUUGGAGUUGGAUGCUGACUGAUGCAGAAGAAUCAGAAGGGUCGGAAGGAACGGAAUCUGAUAAUGAACCUCAAACACAAGAACAACAUAACGGUGAAGAGGAAGAGGAGGAGGGGGAUGAGGAGAAAGAUGAUGAUUCCAGGAGAAAGAGAGAUAUAUGGAGUGCCAUGGAGCUUCUGAAUGACAUCGAAGAAAAGCAAAAUUACAAGCGAAAGCACGCUAAACCAGUUAACAUUCAUCGAGGACCAUCAAUGCACAACCAUCAAGGUGGACCAAAAAGGCAACGUCCCGGAAGAAUAUUCGGAAAGAUGUCCCUUCUAAAACUCUUGUUCAAGAAUGAGAUGAUGGAGAGUCUUUGUCCGGCUGUUGAGGCUGCGGAUACUAUCAAAAGCGUUAUUGGUAGCUUCUUCGACUUGGCUGAGCUAGAGCAAGCUCCUAAAAGGAAGCACCAUACUCGCGGAAAUGAUGUCAUGCUUCUGCAGCUUAAGGAAUGCUGCGCCCUCAAUAUGACGGAUGAGAAAAUAGAAUGCAUCGCUAACAUGACUCAAAACAUCGUAGAUGGGAUAUGCGAUAUUCAGGAUGCCGGGUUUAGACCACGCCCAUCAUACUUGACUAAAGGGGAAAGCUGGGGCAAGAAAAAAUUCCUCUCCGGAUGCUGCAAUGAGACCGGCGUUGAACGAUAUUCAUGCGCUAGGGAGUACCUAGUGCCUGCAAGUGAAAUCGAGGACAUGGUCGAGUCAGGCCAAAAAGACCCGGUUGAUUUAUUCUACGCUGUCGGAAAAGCAGUCGGCAAGUUGCUGACCCUGACAGACCAGGAUGCUGAAGACCAUACCGAGGUCGUCGAUCAGGAAACAACUACGACCACGACCACGACUACGACGCCCGAUGAGAUGUCUCAAUGGACUAGCAUGCGAGGCAAUAUUGUUACGAAGAUGUGCUGCCAAGUGGGUAGCUUGACGGGCGCCCUCUUGGGUGAGAAUGGAGGAGUUACUUGUGACGGUAGCGCCAAAGUUUACUCCAAAUUCGUAGAAGGGUUCAUGAGAAACGAAUGCUUCACCGCCUAUACCAAGUGCUGUAGCCGGCCUGCCGAAUAAAAUGAUAGUGGAACAGUCAUUGAAGAAAGAAAGAAAAUCGAAUACAAUCAAAUUAACUUUUGUUGAUUUGUCCCACUCACUAUUUCUUCAGUAUAAUCGUCGCAGGGAAUUCAUUAACAAAGAAAAAAAAAUAGUCAAUGUAGAAUGCUAAAGACGGUGAUUUUUGAAAAGGCAAUCAGAACUUUGCAAAUGUUACGGCACCCCUGUAUUCAACGUGAUGCAUUUUAGCGUCCUUGAAGACGUGCUACUGUGACGUCACAUUUAAAUAGAAAUAUUGCUUUAAAUCUGACAUGAAGUUUAUAAAAAGAGAAUGAAUUUCGUUUUGUUAUCUUCAAUCCUCUAUUUUUCUUUGCCCUCUGUGGUCAGCUAAAUGUUUAUAUACGAAUGGUUUCCACAUACAACCAUACAAUGAACCGUCACAGUGAAUUUCUUCUUAAUGAUCAAGCUUUGAAAAAAACAUAUCAAUAUGCACCAAACAUAUCUUAAUACUCAUGUUAAUCAUAUAUAAUCAUGUUGCUUACAAUUAUAUUCUGAUAUUGUUUUUUGUGUUUGUAAUUGUUUGCUUGUUGUUGUUUUAAUGAUGUGUGCAUGACAAGUGUUCAUUAGGGGCUCAUUUUGUACCAAUUAUUUCGAACCCCUGUAUGCGUUUGUAAUUGAAUUGUAUAUUAUUGUUCCCGUUUGUAUGGAAUUGAUUUAAAAUGUCACUUGAUCUUUUGAUUAAAAUUCAGAAUCGAAAAGAAA